AUGUACUCGUUUACCGUGCAUCUAUUAGUUUCUGUGUGCAUUUUUGUGUACCUAUACGAUGAUUGUGUAGCAAAGAAAACGUGGGAAGCCACUCCUAUAUCAAUUGGAGGCUCUACCACAAACUCAAGUGUCAUGGACAUGGAUUUGCGAAUUGAGCGCAUUUCCAGGGGAGAGUUCGGUUUUUCGGGCACAUUCUUCUGGAAUAUUGAUAUGGACGAAAACGUAAUGGUCGAAAUGCGUAUUUUAAGUAGCUAUUCUGGCAGAGAAGAAGACUACAAGAUGACUCCUUGGUCCAUUCAACCGCAGAAAUUUACCGAUUACAUCGACACCUUCUACAAGGACAUGCUGAUCCCCAACCUUGGAAAUUGCACAGAUCUGCCAAGAUUCGACUCCGGAUAUGUACCGCCCUGGCCCAAGGGGACCUUUAACUUCACCCGCUGCUCUUGCAAUGGCAACGGAUUGCCGGAAGUUAUGUCAGAGGGAUUCUAUAGAGCCGAAGCCAUUAUAACUUCCCUACCAACCGUUGCAGUGAAUGUGUCCGUCGUUCUCCGUGUCAAGACCAAAAUGUUCUAAAUUCCGGACAAUUAAAUCGCAAAAUUCCUCGCUGUCUACUUGAUAUUUCUUUUUAAUUUUGUGCAAUACCGGUGUGUGAGCUGCGAGGAGAUCGUCAUAAACUUCGAAAGACGCGCGGCACCAAGAAUAAAUCGCUUUUAAUCAUUUGACGACGGGCGGACAGAAAAAAGUUCGAAAAAGAAAUUGACAAAAUAAUUGCUAUUUUAGAUAUAAUUUAAAAGAGCUAAAACAUUGAAAUCAAAAUGCAUUUAUUGUUAAU